GUUCUCUUUCCCCACUCCCCCUCCGUCCUCGUCCCCUUCGUCCCCCUGCACCGCGUGGGGCCAAGGCCCGACACAUGUCCAGUUCGAAGAUUGCCUGCCUGCCGUUCCUCUCCCCCUCCCCUCCCCUCCCUCCCCCAGGACCUAUGUUGCUGCAUUCAGUCACUCGUGUUGCAUUGUUUUCGCGGGUUUAAUUGUGUUCCUGUGAUUUGUGUCUUGCUCCGGUCGGUUUGCUUGGAUAUCCACUCGAGGCUGCUUCUGGUAUUUUUGAAAGGACACAUUGAUGGAAGUGUGAGAGUCGAGAGAAUGGGAAGAGAAAAAAAAUUUGAGUCAGCUUGGUGAGGAUGUCAGCUCAUGCGGAACAAAUGCCGUAGUGGAGUUGAGGUUCUGACUGUGUUUUUCUUAAUGUUGGGUUUUUUGAUGAGUAUGAGAGAAAGAGAGAGAGAGAGAGAGAGAGAGAGUGAGAGGUCUGACAAUUAGGACAUGACGCGGAAGAAAGAGAUGUAGGGAGGUGAUUAAUAGGGAGAUGAUGAUUAAAUGGGGAAGAGUCGAAGAAGGAGGGUGUAAUGUGAAGGGAGACGAUGUGAGGAAGGGCAGGCCUGGAGGAGGAGUAUCGCGGGAGUGAUCAAGCAGCAGGCGGGUAAGGGGGAGGUUCAGUGAAAGGUCGAUUGAGGGUUGGCGAUUGUUGGUGCUGCAUUCAUGUGGCAUGGGCGGUAGUGGAAGGUGGUAGAGCUGGAAAUGUGAUUGCUGAUGAGAGGCGGAGGUGGAAUAGCUCCGGUGAUGUGAAUAUUAGUAGUUGGUAUAUGAGUUCUGAGAGGGGCAGGAACGAGCAGGAUAGUAUUGGACUAAGGUUGCCGCGGUGGUGCCUUCGUCUCCCAUUACUCCCGCAGAAAAUGCUCGGGAGAUGCAGACUGAGAAGAAAAGGGAAGCCGGCAAUGUACAUAAUUACGGAAGUCAUCCGCCCGUGGAGAAGGUCAAAGUGGUGCGCAAAUCGCGAACUAUGGAGAUCACGUCCAGGUACAAGAGUUCAAUUGCUUCCCCUUCCCCUCUGGUCACACCUGCAGGAAAUCGUCGUAAUCCUUCGCCUCUUAGUCUCAAUCCUUCUCCUGCCAGGCAACCACCCUCGGCACCUUCUUCUCGCCAGUCUUCUCCAGUUAGAAAGGAUAGCAUUGUUCCUAGUUCCUGUGCCAAAGGACCAUCUGAGAGCGUCGUUCGGCACCCUUCCCCGAACUUGGGGCGCAGCAGUAAUGCGUCCGAGGUUCUGAAGCGUUCUUACUCGACGGAGAGGAGACGACCAUGGCCUGCUGUCUCUCCGCCGUCGGAGAAGAAGACGACUUCGUUGAGCUCCACCACGGAAGGAUUGACCUCGAGCGUCAAAGCUCCGCCGCUGUCCAAAGGUCCCGAAUUGUGGCCCUCCAUGUCUGCAGCCAAGCAGAGUGCAGACUCCAACGAAGACAGUGUGAGUAGCUGUCAGGCGAAGAGGGGAAGGGAGAAAGAGACAACUGGUAAACACCCGAACCACACCCUAAAACCUGCAGGAAAUGGAAAUGGUACUGCACACGUUCCAGGGACUCCAUGUCGAAAAGGCUCUCCAAUGCGGCGUCAGUGCGCUGAUCAAGCUGAGAUUGCUCGACCUACAGAAAAUUCUCAUUCUAAGCUUGACCAUCAGAGGUGGCCUGGCAUGCGCAGAGGAAAGAAUUUUGGUGGAAACAUGACCAGAAGCACAGAUCUCACUGUGGAGAGGAAACUGUCUCUCGUGAGAUCACCGACGAUGACUGGGCAAAGCCGUCCUGUAACUCCUUUGUCUCGAACAAAAUCCAUUUCUUCUCGUAGUUUCAAUCGAUCUGCCAAUGACGGUCCCAUUGCAACACCCGGUCAAGUAGCACUACGACGCAAUCCCAGUCCCAGUAGAAGUAGAACAGGGACGACAGAGAGUGCAGCUCAGGUGAGUGUAGCUAGCAGUGACAGCGAUGAUGUCCAUCCCUGCAGUAAUACUACAUUUCAAGGCGAUCAUGCAACUCAUGCCCGACGGCUUUCACAAGAAUCAGUUGCCACUGUGGAUUCUCUUUCUGUACCUCUUGAGAAUAUGUCUGAUACUGAGAGUGUGUCUUCCGGGAGCUCUGCACCUGAGGUCCGAGUUGGAAGAGGAGCAACCAUUCCUGCCCGUGUGUGGCAGGACAUGAGCAAUAGACUCCGACGCUUCUCUGAAGGGGGUCGAAAUCGAUCAUCAGGCGUUGAUCUUCCUGCAGUCGCUAUUGUUCCUGUUAAGACAAUUAGACGCACCAAGGUGUUGCCCCACCAAUCCGCUGCAAGCAUGCUUAUGAACCAGAGCAUGAAUGGGAGCACAUCUUCCUGGGCUCUUUCCCCUGGUCGAGUGUCGGGCAACUCUGCCCCGUCAACACCACAUCCACCAUCAUCACCUUCGCAUUCGAAGGGCACAUCACCAUCGAGGGGAUUGCCCAGUCCACAGAGGUCGCGGCCUGUGAAUGGAUCAGCAGCAGCGCUGGCAGGCACCGCUCGAAAUUUUGCAGGCACCACUCUGAAUUUUGGGAUAGAUGGUAGAAGCAGAGGAAAGAAGGCACUAACCCAGCAAGAGGAAGCUCAACUGUUGAGAAUCCUCCACAAUCGCUGGCUGCAAUGGCGUUUUGUGAAUGCACGAGCUGAAGCAGUAACGCGUGCCCAGAAAGCAACGGCUGAGAGGCAGCUGUACUACGUGUGGGUCAAGACAUCUGAGUUGCGCACAUCAGUAGCCAUGCAGCGUAUUAAACUUCAGCAAGCACGGCAAGCUCACAAACUUCGCUCUAUCCUCUCUACGCAUGCAACCCAUUUAGAAGAUUGGGAAACAGUAGAGGAGGAGCACUCUAAUGCACUGACGGGUUGUAUGGAAGCUUUGGAAUCUGCAAUUUUGAGGGUCCCAGUAACAGGAGGUGCUCGGGCGGAUGUGCAUGCUGUAAAAGAAGCUCUUUACUUAGCAGUAGAUGUACUCACUGCAAUUGAAGGAUCUGUUUACGUCCUUCUACCUAAGACAGAAAGUAUGAAAGCGCUAUUAUCACAAUUGGCAGAAACAGCAGCUCAAGAGAGAGCAUUGUUAGAAGAAUGUGGAGACCUCCUGUCUGUAGCAGCUUCUUUAGAAGUAGAGGAGCGUAGUUUGCGUACUCACUUGAUCCAGCUGGAAAGGGAAAGACAAAGCUCAUACAAAGCUGACCCCCCGAAUGGUACUUCGAGUAUGUCUGCCUCGUCACAUUUAUUCACUCCAUGAAAGUAGUCCCUGUUGCCUCGUGCAUCCUGCUCGAGAGAAACCUUUUAGUCUUGAACUAGAGCAAAUUGUCAAAUAGGAGGUCUCAGCCUUAUAGGUUUCCGAUGCGGACUGAUUUUUGUGGACAAGCUGAGAAGUGGUAUCACCACUAGGCGGUUAGCCAAAAUGCAUUGUCCCUGUAUCAUGAGGAGGAGACUUCAUCUAAGCCCUGAGAAUGCGUGCUCCUUCAAUAAUUGGUGAUGAAUUCGACAUUAAGACCAGCAUUCGUGUACAAUGCGAUAUUAAACAAAGACCGCUGUUUUCUAGGUCCAGGCUCCUCGGUCUUUCUAGGGUAUUCAUGCCAGUCCCGUCCCUGUUAGCCAGGUUUAAUGCUUCCAAACUGAAAUAUGAAAGACUCAGUAAAUCUCUUGAAACAAUUGCUGACUAAUUUUAGGAGUUUGAAAGUGAGAUAAACACAUGAAUCGGUGUGUUAUUAUGUUGAA